AUGAGGAAGAAGUACCCCAUAACCCAUUUGCAGAAGAGCUUCUCGGAAGAAAACAAUUGCUCUUUUCAUGGUGAUUUUGUGGUGGUUCUUUGUUUUGGUCGUCUCCAUCUGCACUGCUUUGUUGAGAUGGAACGAGUUGAGAUACAGCAAGAAAGGGUUGCCUCCUGGCACCAUGGGUUGGCCAAUCUUUGGCGAAACUACCGACUUUCUCAAGCAAGGUAUGGCAGUUUCUUCAAAUCCCAUAUACUGGGGUGUCCUACGGCCGUUUCCAUGGAUCCAGAGCUCAAUAGAUAUAUACUAAUGAAUGAAGCCAAAGGCCUUGUUCCUGGUUACCCACAGUCCAUGCUUGAUAUCUUGGGGAAAUGCAACAUUGCAGCCGUCCAUGGCUCCACGCAUAAGCUGAUGAGAGGAGCCUUACUUGCCCUCAUUAACCCCACCAUGAUCAGAGAACAACUCUUGCCUAAAACAGAUGAAUUCAUGACAACUUUCCUCACUGAUUGGGACAACAAAGUCAUUGACAUCCAAGAAAAGACCAAAGAGGUUUGCAUCAUAUUCAAAUUCAUACAAAUUUCAGAUGGCAUUUUUUCAUCACUUAAGAAAAUUGCCACUCCUGAAUCCACUUCAGUAGCUCAAGAAUUCAUGCCUGAGUUCUUUAAAUUGGUGUUGGGGACCUUAUCGCUUCCUAUCGAUCUUCCCGGUACAAAUUAUCGACGUGGACUUGAGGCAAGGAAAAUAAUUCUAAGAAUACUAGAACAGCUGAUUGAAGAGAGAAGAGAUUCCGAAGAAACCCACAAGGACAUGCUUGGGUACUUGAUGACAAAAGAUACUAGUCAUAGACACGAACUUAGUGAUGCCGAGAUCAUUGAUCAAAUAAUCACGAUUUUGUAUUCCGGUUACGAAACUGUUUCGACUACAUCGAUGAUGGCCGUCAAGUAUCUCCACGAUCAUCCAAGAGUUCUUGAAGAGCUGAGAAAAGAACAUAUGGCAAUUAGAGAAAGAAAAAGAGCAGAGGAUCCAAUUGAAUGGAAUGAUCUUAAGCCAAUGAAGUUCACCAGAGCUGUGAUUUUUGAGACUUCAAGAUUAGCUACCAUUGUUAAUGGAGUUUUGAGGAAAACUACUGAAGAAAUGGAACUAAAUGGAUUUGUGAUUCCUAGAGGGUGGAGAAUUUACGUAUAUACAAGAGAGAGAAACUAUGAUCCUUUUACAUAUCCUGAUCCAUUAGUCUUCAAUCCCUGGAGAUGGAUGGACAAGAGCUUGGAAUCUCAAAGCAAUUUCCUGAUAUUCGGUGGAGGGACCAGGCAGUGUCCAGGAAAGGAACUAGGAAUUGCAGAGAUUUCCACAUUUCUUCAUUAUUUUGUAACUAGAUACAGGUGGGAAGAAGUAGGGGUAGAAAAACUGAUAAAAUUUCCGAGAGUUGAAGCACCAAAUGGACUGCAUAUUAGGGUUUCAUCAUACUGACAAAAAACAGUUGUAUGUAUGUAUGUACAGAAGAGACAGCAAAUGUUUUGAGCAGGAGUAGAGUUUUGCCUCACUUCA